AGAUCCAUUGAACUUUUUGAAACAAAAUUUUGAUGUCUUUCUGCACUUCUGCACAGAAAUAGCAUUACCAUAUUAAGCAACACUACACGAGAAAAGCACAAACACCCUAAAAAAAAGUCGUGAAUUUCAAACCCAAAAUUUGAGAAAAAACGCAAUUAAUGUGAGUGAAUCCAGUGGAGAUUACAAGUUUUGGAUGGUUCUUGACGUCAGUCAAACACAAACCCCACUUAUAUAUAGUCAGCAUUUGCUGUGUCUGAGGUUGCAUUUUCUUCCUAGAGUGUUAUUUAUUUUUGGGGUUCUUGAAAGGGCAAAUUGAUACAAGCUUCUUGGGGUUUUGAGACUGAGAGGGAAUGCUGUUGUGAAAAUGACUGAUUCUUCUUCACAGAAAGAAAUUGAGGAUGGGCUAAAAGAUUGUGGGAUUAGCCUCAGCAACCUUCCUCCUUCUACUGAAGAGCUCAUCAGUCUUCUUGAUAAAGUAGAAUAUCUGUUGAUAAAGGUAGAUCAAGCCCCUACCGAUUCAAUGAAAGAUGCCCUUCUACCAGUAAUGAAAGCUGUGGUCAGAAGUGAACUUUUAAAGCACACUGAUGCGGAUGUCAAAGUUUCUGUCGUAUCCUGUCUCAAUGAGAUUUCUAGAAUAUCUGCUCCGCAGCAGCCUUAUGACGAUGAACUAAUGAAGGAAAUCUUCCAGCUUACUGUAAGGGUAUUUGAAGAGCUGUCUCAUUCAGGCCGCCGUUAUCAUAAGGCUGUGAAUAUACUUGAAACUGUGGCAGAAGUCAAGGCCUGUAUGAUGUUGCUGGACCUUGAAUGUGAUGCAUUAGUUAUAGAGAUAUUCCAGAUGUUUCUCAGGAUCAUCAGGCUCGACCAUCCUAAUGUUGUAUUCACAAGCAUGGAAGUAAUCAUGACUCUGCUCAUUGAAGAAAGUGAUGAAAUCAAUAUGGAGCUUCUUCAGCCCCUUCUUGAUAGUCUCAGAAAGAAAAAUCAGAUCUGGUCACCUAUCUCGUCAAAGUUGGGAGAGAAGGUCCUGAAAGAAUGUGCUUCCACCGUUAGACCUUGUAUUCUAGAAGCCCUCAAGUCAAGAAGCAUGAAUCUUGAUGAUUAUGCUGAAAUUGUAGCCUCAAUAUGCAAUAAAAAGCCUGAGGGAGAACAAAUGACGGAAAAUGAAAAUGUGACUGAUGCUGUGUACCCUGAAAAAGUUGGUCCAUCUGCUGCUGUUAUCUGUGAGACACUGCUGGAGGAUGGGCCGCCUUCAAAUAAUAAUGGCACCUCUUCAAAAACAUUACAGCAUUGCAGUCAGAUGGAGCAGCUAAAGAAUACUGGUGUUAGCAGUGGCAGUCAUGGCUGCCGGUAUAGGGCUAAGAAGAAAGAUAGCAGGGAAAAUAAGGAUGUUCUGCAAUCUCAUGAUAAUAGAAAUGAAUGUAAGGUCACAUCAUGUAGCAAAAGAAAACCACGUCAGAGCUCAAGGAAGAGAGGGUCUGAUUCGAAAGGUGAUGUGGACACCACUUCUGGUCUUAACAUUGUAAAAAGAGAAGGAAACCUUACUGAUGCUGAGGAGUCAUCAGUGCAACAAAUUGAUGAAAAGAAACAGAAGAAAGAGAUUCAAGAUAUAGAAGAAUCAGGAGAUGAGGAGAUUAAACUAUCAUUUGGGGAUGAAAAUCUCUCCAGCCAACUUGCCAAGACAAAGCGCCGGAGGAAGGUUACCAUGAGAAAGGAUCAGGAUUCUAAAAGGCGUCGCUUCACCAAAAAUCAUGGAGAUGAAAUAGUUGGUUCCAGAAUAAGAGUUUGGUGGCCAUUGGACGAAACGUUCUAUGAGGGUGCAAUUUCUACAUUUGAUCCUGUGAAAAAGAUGCAUGAGAUCGCAUAUGAUGAUGGUGAAACGGAAACCUUGAAUCUGAACGAGGAGGUGUUUGAGAUUCUUGAAGACAAUCCAUCUGACAAGAAACAUGAAGCAGAUCUUCAAUGCAAUGCUGUUUCAUCUGUUCCAUCCAUGAAGAAGAAAGCAAAAAGAACCUCAAUAAAAAAGGAACCCCGAGUCUCGUCAUCCAAAAGGUCUAAAAAAAAUCCCCAAAAGUGUGACAUUGGGUCCAUGGAUAUUCCAAUUCCAGAUAAGAUGAGUGCUGCUGCUGAUGUUGGUUGUGAAACAAGCAGUGGGAAAAAAGACCUUGUGGACAAGGAAGAUAAAGAUAUGACACCGAAGCAGAGAUCCAAGACUUGCAAAGUUGCCUUACAGAGCUCACUGACACCUGAAGACCAUCCAUCUGACAAGAAGCAUGAGACAGAUCUUCAAAGCAAUGAUGUUUCAGCUGUUCUAUCCAUUAAGAAGAAAGGAAAACGAACCUCCACAAUAAAAAGGGAACCUGGAGUCUCCUCAUGCAAAAGGUCCAAAAAAAAUCCCCAAAAGAGUGACAUUGGCUCCAUGGAUAUUCCAAUUCCAGAUAUUAUGAAUGAUACUGAUGACGUUGGUUGUGAAACGAGCGGUGAGAAAAAAGAACUUGUGCACAAGGAAGAUAACGAUAUCACACAGAAACAGAGAUCCAAGACUUCCAAAGUUGCAUUAGAGAGGUCAUUGACUCUUGAAGUCCAUCCAUCUGACAAGAAGCAUGAAGAAAAUCUUCAAAGCAAUGAUGCUUCAUCUGUUCCAUGCAUGAAAAAGAAAGCAAAAAGAGCCCCCUCAACAAAAAAGGAACCUGGAGUCUCGUCAUCCAAAAGGUCUAAAAGAAAACCCCAAAAGAGUGGCGUUGAAUCCCUGGAUAUUCCAAUUCCAGAUAAGAUGAAUGAUGCUGCUGGUGUUGGUUGCGAAACAAGCAGUGGGAUAAAAGAACUUGUGGACAAGGAAGAUAACGAUAUCAUACAGAAGCAGAGAUCCAAGACUUGCAAGGUUGCCUUAGGGAGCUCAUUGACGCUUGAAGUGCACCCAUCUGACAAGAAGCAUGAAACAGAUCUUCAAAGCAAUGAUGUUUCAUCUUCUCUAUCCACGAAGAAGAAAGCAACAAGAACCUCCUCAGUAAAAAAGGAGCACAGAGUAUCUUCAUCCAAAAGGUCUAAAAGAAAAGCCGAAAAGAGUGACAAUGAGUCCCUGUAUAUUCCAAUUCCAGAUAAGAUGACUGAUGCAUCUGAUGUUGGUUGUGAAAUGAGCUCUUCAUCCAAAAGGUCUAAAAGAAAAGCCGAAAAGAGUGACAAUGAGUCCCUGGAUAUUCCAAUUCCAGAUAAGAUGACUGAUGCAUCUGAUGUUGGUUGUGAAAUGAGCUCUUCAUCCAAAAGGUCUAAAAGAAAAGCCGAAAAGAGUGACAAUGAGUCCCUGGAUAUUCCAAUUCCAGAUAAGAUGACUGAUGCAUCUGAUGUUGGUUGUGAAAUGAGCUCUUCAUCCAAAAGGUCUAAAAGAAAAGCCGAAAAGAGUGACAAUGAGUCCCUGGAUAUUCCAAUUCCAGAUAAGAUGACUGAUGCAUCUGAUGUUGGUUGUGAAAUGAGCAGUGGGAAAAAACAACUUGUGGACAAUGAAGAUGAAAUGAUCACAGAAGCAGAGUCCAAGACCUUAGAAGUUGCCUUAGAGAGCUCAUUGACACCAGUGCACUCGCAACAUUGUCAAAACAAUGGAAGCUAAAAUAUGAAGAUGUUAAAAGUUUUGUUUGGGAAAAAGUUAGUAGUCAUUAUUGUUACUAGUUCAAAUUUGAAAGCUUUGUAUCAUUAUUGAAUCCCAUAGUUCUUCUAACUUUGAAAGCUAUAAGAUCCUUAGUUGGUCAAAGCAGUUUAUUUGAAUGUACUGCUGGAGGAUUCCAUCUCAACUAAGCUCAUGGUGUUGCAUUCGCCUUUUAAGGGCUUGAGAAUGAAUAUCCAACUGCUUCUUGCUGCUA